UACUCAACCCAAUGUUAUAUUGAGGCACAUUUUACUUGAACCCCCAAAGGCUGAACUUUUCUAGCACUUACACUCUCAUAUUUUGAGAGCGUAAACGGACGGACUGGACCUUGGUAUGUUUGGAUGACUCCCGUGCGGUCACUACUUAUGGAAAGUGAACUUCAAGGGAGGUUUUAUUUCAAUGCCAUGGCAUUUACUAUUUUGUAUAUUUUAGUUUGCGAAAUCCAUUCAAGCAAAGUAAAAAAGUGUGGAACUGCUGAGGGCGGUUUGACAUGUGGGUGUGGAUUUUGCUACAAGGACGAUCAUUAUAAGGUAAGGGGAAGAUAAACCUGACUGAAGAGGCGGGUUGGCAGUCAUCAAAAGAAGAAUCAACAACGGUAGAAGCCCUUUCAACAACUCCCAGGCGGUGAGUGUUUGUUUGGCAAGCAUGGCAGUGCAUGUGGCCGGACUUGUGGCCGUGGGGUUCUUUUACGUGGUCAUCCUGCUGACCGGGAUCUUGGCCUCGCGCAAGUCAAAGCAAGUGGAGAAGAAAUGCUCGGGCAGAAAGAGCGAAGUCGCCAUCGUCGGAGGACGCAAUAUCAACAUUGUGACUGGCGUGUUCACCAUGGCAGCAACCUGGAUUGGCGGAGGUUACAUUUUGGGGACUGCCGAGGCUGUUUAUUCUCCAACUCGAGGUCUCGCCUGGGCAUUUGGGCCUCUUGCCUAUUUUUUAAAUUUUUUAACUGCAGGGUUGUUUUUUGCCAAACCGAUGAGGUCCAAACACUACUUGACCAUGUUGGACCCAUUUCAGGACCGCUAUGGCCAAUUUUUCACGACGGCCAUAUUACUUCCUGCUCUGCUAGGUGAUAUUCUGUGGGUGGCCUGCAUCCUUGCUGCCCUUGGGGGGACGAUGAGCAUCAUCCUGGAUCUGUCAUCUACAAUCUCAAUUCCGAUCUCCGCGGCUAUCUCCAUCAGCUACACUUUUUUAGGGGGCCUUUACGCAGUUGUGUACACCGAUAUCAUCCAACUGUCCUUCAUAUUUGUCAGUCUGUGGCUCUGUAUUCCAUUUAUGUUUCUCAAUCCUGCGGUGACUGAUCCCUCACAAAUGACCAAUUUCAACCAGUCAAACAGCCUUCCCUGGUUAGGACAGGUGAAGCUUGAGGACGCAGGAAAGUGGACCGAUGACUUUUUCGUGCUGGGUUUUGGAGGACUGGCUUCUCAGGCUCUAUUCCAGAGGAUUCUUGCAGCAUCCUCCUCAGCCCGGGCUCAGGUCACCUGUUUUGCUGCUGGCGGCUGCGCUUUUCUGAUGGGAAUUCCCUCGGUGAUCAUUGGAGCUGUGGCUGCUUCUGCAGACUGGAACCAGACAGAAUACGGUCUACCCCCACCUUAUUAUCGAGGGGAGGCAAGCAAUGUCCUGCCACUGGCCCUGUCUUACAUCACACCCGCCUGGGUGGCAGUGUUAGGCACUGGUGCCCUAGCGGCAGCAGUUAUGUCCUCCAUGGACUCGGUAUUGCUGUCAUCAGCAUCCAUGUUCACCCAAAACAUAUACAAGUCAACCUUGAGAAAGCAGGCAUCAGAAAGAGAGCUGAAGUGGGUGAUCAGGAUUAGUGUGCUCCUGGUGGGCCUGGCUGGAACCUGUCUGGCCUUUAACAAGAGCAGCAUCCUUGCUCUAUGGGUACUAGCGAAUGACACACUCUACUGUGUUGUGACACCGCAGCUGUUCUGUGUGGUGCAUCUUCGCUCUGGCAAUUGCUAUGGCGCCAUCAGUGGCUAUGUGACAGCUCUGCUGCUGCGCGUCCUGAGUGGAGAGCCAGCACUCGGGAUUCCUCCUGUGCUGCUCUUCCCGGGCUGGAGGGAGGAGGAUGGCGUCAUCACGCAGUACUUCCCCUUCAGGACAUUGAUUGUGUUCAUUUCUCUGGCAGUCGUCGUCUUCAUGUCUUGGCUCUUCCAACUGGCCUUCUCUCGACAGCUCAUUCCUCAGUCCUGGGAUGUGUUUGAUGCAUUCAAAAAGAAAGUGGAAGCAAUAGAAGAGGAGAGGACAACAAUACCAAUCUCCAAAGACUAAAAGAAUUCUGUCUUUAAUUCAGGUUAUAGGCUCACGGUAUCUGCCAAACCUGAGUUUAUACAUAUUCAUGUGCGCCUUCGUACUUACUUUAUAUACUGUCCAUUCUUCUACAAAAUAUUACAUAUUGGAGUGAAUGGGAACCCCUGAUUUUUGGGCUUAACCACAAAAUAUCAAGGCAACUUGUCUUAAUGUUGACGUCCCCAUUCAACCCACAGCCUUUUUCAUUCACACACAGUUCUCGAGACUUUCAAUUCGAACUGAUCCAUUGUCCACUUGAUGUGAUUGAUAUAUUCCUAAACGUAACCUUCUGGAUUUUUCUACUAUUUUAGGAGUUGUGCUCAUUAAAAAUUCAGGUAUCCUGUGUGGAAAAUUGUACUUUCCAAAAAAUAAAUAUUUAAAAUACUGUUCAUGUUGAUACAACGUUGGCAGUUUUUUAGCGCGUGUGUUCCUCUGGGGUGGUGGGGAGCGGAGAUGCACGAAACUGUAAUGACGCAGAUGAGACAGCAGAGGGCGAUACAAGAACGUUGGAUGGGUCUACGAAUGAUGUAGAGCAAGACGUGGUGCCGCUGAAGCUUUCAUAUACUGUAUUUGUUUUUAUUUAUCGAUGCUUUUUGUUUCUGUUUUUCCACUACGAAUUCGGAAUCUUUAUUUUUUUGUCAUCAGUUUUAUUUGCGUUUGCCAUUGGUACUCUACCUCUCACAUUGAGUCUAAGAUAAACGACUCUGGUGUU